ACAUGUGACUGCAACCCCUCAGUAGACAGCAGCCCCCGACCACAUCGCCUCCCCUGAGGGGCUCCCCUGCUAGAGGAAUCUCAGAAUGGAGAAAUUCCUCCACGCUCCCCCAUGCCUUCACAUGAUCCUUGGGGAGGCUCUCGACAGUCACCUCUGCCAUUGGCACCUAAGAAGCCAUCCCAGAUCUUGCCCUGUGCUGUGGCUUGGCAUCGCCCCAGCCCUGCAGUUGGCAAAGCAGAGAUGUGGAGUUGCAACAGGAAGAUGCGUGCCCUACAACGGGACUCUGAAGACGUGUGAGGUGGCAGCCUGGUGCCCGGUGGAGGAUGACUCAAAUGUGCCAAAACCUGCCUUUUUAAAGGCUGCAGAAAACUUCACCCUUUUGGUUAAGAACAACAUCUGGUAUCCAAAAUUUAACUUCACCAAGAGAAACAUCCUCCCCAACAUCACCACUACCUACCUCAAGUCGUGCAUUUACAAUGCCGCAACAGAUCCGUUCUGCCCCAUCUUCCGUCUUGGCAAAAUAGUGGAGAAUGCAGGGCACAGCUUCCAGGACAUGGCUAUUGAGGGCGGCAUCAUGGGGAUCCAGAUCAAAUGGGACUGCAACCUGGACAGGGCUGCCUCCUUCUGCCUGCCCAGGUACUCCUUCCGCCGCCUGGACACUCGGGACCAGGACCACAAUGUGUCCCCCGGUAACAAUUUCAGGUUUGCCAAGUACUACAACGACCUCACUGGCACGGAGCACCGCACACUCAUCAAGGCCUACGGCAUCCGCUUCGACAUCAUCGUGUUCGGAAAGGCUGGGAAAUUUGACAUCAUCCCAACCAUGAUCAACAUUGGCUCUGGCUUGGCGCUCUUCGGGGUGGCCACAGUGCUGUGUGACGUCAUAGUCCUCUACUGCAUGAAGAAAAGAUACUACUACCGGGAGAAGAAGUACAAAUACGUGGAAGAGUACGAGCAGGGUAUCAACAAUGAGAUGGACCAGUAAUGUCUACCCCACAUCUGGGCUCCCCACGGCACUCAUCAAAGCAAAGGAGUAAUCAAAGAGAAGGGAGAAAAGGCUUCCAUGGCACCCCAGGGAAAGUCCGAGAUUCUGAGUCAGUUUCCACUCCACAAGUCCUUCAGGGUUGCCCAGCUGCUCCCGUUUUGUGUUGCAAGAUGUGCAUCGUUAACCACCCUGUUCUUGGCUGGGUCACCUUUGCUGACCCUUCAACUCGGGAUCCUUUGGGUGAGCUGUGGCCCCAGAGCAGUGAUGCUGCUGUAGCCACAGGGCUGGGGCCUUCUCCAGAGCGGGCUCUCUCCAGCUCUCCUGGGGCGCCCCCUGCAGGGCAGGUCCAGCGGUGCAGGUGCAAGGACACGUGGCAUGCACACCUGCUCUCCCCCUGCCAGACUUUGUCGGUGUAAUCAUGAGGCGGAGUUAGUGUUUCUCUUUUGAGAAGAGGUAUGUUGAGAUGACUGAGGAUCAAACAUUAAAACAAAUGAUUUUCUUAAUCUC